UUUAACGACAGAUUCUUAGGCGCUACAUGUAUAGUUGAAGGGCACUCAUUGAAUGUCAUCAAUCGGUGCAACAAAGAAAAGAAGGUUCCUUGAAAGCUCCGAUCUUUUUUGCUUCAAAUUUUGGAUCUCUCUUUUACCUUCUUUGUUUAUCCCUAUCGGGAGGCAAAUAGCUUGGCUUAUUCUCUUGAGAAAGAAGGUAGCUGAAAUGGACGGUAGAUUUAAUAACUAUUUUGCACCACGUGAUCUCGACCGUCAGAUGCGCGUCUACCUUCUCUCUCCACCAACCCGACGCUUCCAUGGCGAACCAGACAAGCUAGCUUUUGCCCCUCUGUAGCUAGAGUUGAUUCAACCGGUUUUCCCCGAUUUCUGUAAAUUAGGGUUUUGAAAGCCAUGGAAGAGGUUCAGAACAAGCAGGUGAUCUUUCGGAACUUCAUCACUGGAUUGCCCAAAGAGACGGACAUGGAAUUGAGGACUUCGAAGCUUUCACUGAAAGUUGCAGAGGGUUGCAGAGCUUUGAUUGUGAAGAAUCUGUUCCUCUCAUGUGAUCCUUAUAUGAGAGGAAGGAUGAGAGAAUUUUAUGGGUCUUACAUUCCCCCAUUUCAGCCUGGAGCUGUUAUUGAGGGCUUUGGUAUAUCUAAAGUUGUGGAGAGUGAUCACCCUAAUUUUCAAGUGGGUGACAUUGUGACUGGUAUGACUGGUUGGGAAGAGUACAGUUUGAUAGAGAAACCUGAUCGAUUGCGUAAAAUAGAUCCAAGGGGUCUUCCACUUUCAUAUUACUUGGGUCUUCUGGGUAUGCCUGGAUUCACGGCAUAUGCCGGGUUUUAUGAAGUAUGCUCCCCCCAAAAGGGUGAGUUUGCUUUCGUCUCUGCUGCAUCAGGGGCAGUUGGUCAGCUUGUUGGGCAGUUGGCCAAGUUACAUGGCUGUUAUGUUGUUGGGAGUGCAGGAUCAAAGGAGAAGGUUGAUCUUUUGAAGAACAAAUUUGGUUUUGAUGAAGCUUUCAAUUACAAAGUGGAGUCGGACCUUAAUGCUGCCUUGAGAAGGUACUUCCCUCAAGGCAUUGACAUCUACUUCGACAAUGUGGGUGGAACCAUGCUUGAUGCCGCCCUGCUAAAUAUGCGAGACCACGGCCGGAUUGCCAUUUGCGGGAUGAUCUCUCAGCAAUCUCUCUCUUCAACAGAAGGAGUCUAUAACUUGUAUUCCGUCAUUAUGAGGCGCGUUAAGGUGCAAGGCUUCUUGCAAUCUGAUUAUCUGCAUUUAUAUCCUCAGUUUACUGAAGCCAUUAUCAAUUACUUCAAGGAGGGUAAAAUUGUUUAUGUAGAAGACAUGAAUGAAGGUCUCGAGAGCGGGCCUUCGGCCUUUGUUAGGUUGUUCUCGGGAAAGAAUGUCGGCAAGCAGGUUGUUCGGGUUGCUCAUGAAUGACUCUCUGUGUGUAUUUCUUUCUUAUUUGUAUUUGUAUUGUACUAAACAUAUCCAGAUGAGAAAAUUCUGAGUUUUUUUAA